CUCCCACAGGACCCGAUGGAAAUCGGGGAUCCAGCGGGGCCGGGAACCGUGUUUCGGAUCAGGACGGGAAUCGGGAGGUCGGGGCGGGGGCUAUCAGAUCACUCAUUUGCUUCUUCGCUCCCUGCCGGCCUCUGCCUGCGUCGCGUGCCACGGCCAAGAUCCAUGCUUUCCGCCCAUAUAUAUCCCCACCUACACUGUUCGCUCCCCACCUGCCCCGCCUCACUCCACUGUGCUGCUGCCUCCUCGUCUUCCUCCGAUCGGCGGCGGCUUUUCUUGGCUGGCGGCAUGGACUGGGCAUCGGUUUCCGGGGCGACGUCUUGGGGCGCGGUGGCGGACCCCGGUCCGACCAUGGUGUCCUUCGCUCGCCCGUCCUCCUCCACCUCCCCCGUCGCUGAGGCGCGGCUCCAUGAUUUCACCGUCGACCUCGUCCAGCGCGCGCGGCCGGUGGGGGUGCCGGGAGCAGGGAGGAGGGCACGCGCGGCGGGCGGCGGCAGCGGCGUGGAGGCCUGCUCCGUCGACGGGUGCCGGUCCGACCUCAGCCGCUGCCGCGAGUACCACCGGCGGCACAAGGUCUGCGAGGCGCACUCCAAGACGCCAGUGGUGGUCGUCAGCGGCCAGGAGCAGCGGUUCUGCCAACAAUGCAGCCGGUUUCACAUGCUGUCUAAGUUCGACGAGGGGAAAAGAAGUUGUCGGAAGCGUUUGGAUGACCAUAAUAGGCGCCGAAGAAAGCAACAUCAUGAUGUGACGAAUCUGGGGGGUCUCUUUCCAUACCACCAAGUGAAUGAAUUUGCAAUCUAUCCACGAACAAUUCCGACAGCGGGCCAGAAUUCUGACGCCAUGCACAUGGUCGAUCCUCAGCCACCCUUCUCCAUCUCUUUCUCAGGAACCUUCAAGGCGCCAAAGCAGUUCCCUUUCUCGCACGACGGUGGUAGCAUGCUCAGCGCAUCCCGCCAUGGUCUUCUUCUGGAUCAAGAUAGCAGCCGCACUAGAAGCAGCACAUGCAACCGUCUCUCGGGCACACUGGACCCCGAGUGUGCUCUCUCUCUUCUGUCAUCGUCGCUGCAUCCUCCCUCCCCUGCCCGAAUCCCCACCGCAGUUAUAGCGCAGGAUGCCUCUUUGCUCGCUCGGUUUGCUCCCGCGUCACAAGCUGCAACCACCGUGUUUGCAUCUGGUGGUGGUCACCAUGUGUUGGUUCCUGAUGCUGUGUUUGAGGAUCCUUCACAGGCACUGCCAUUCCCUUGGGAGUAGCAGAGUAGGGUGUAAAAUGUGUUGUUGUGUUUCUGAAGAGUGCUCAAUUGCUGGUAGUAACAGAAUCAGGCUGUGGCCCUCUAGAUCAAGUGGACUGGUCAAGACAAGUACUGCCCUCUGGAUGAUGGAGGUGGUGGCUGUUGUGCAGAUUGUUUAGCAGAUUAAUUUAAUUCUGUUCUGUUCAUAAUAUUGUACAUUUCUGUGCAUAUUUUGUAGCAAAAUAAAUGCAUAUAUGCAAUAUUGGCCCUCAAUGCGUACGGCUCCUGAUGGCCGUAGUCUGGGAUGCAUUCAGCGAGCAAUAGUACAGAUUUUCCCAGGCCAAUGCUGUUGACAAUGGGCUGGUUGAGAUGGGCCAGCGUUGUUUUGGUCGGUCCAAGGCUAGUGACAUGUGCUGGUUUGA